GUCUCUCUGUGUCUCAAAAAUAAAUAAAUGUUAAAAAAAGAAAUUAAAAAAAAGAAGCAGUUACUAUCACAAUUUUACAGAGAAGAAUUCUUGGAGAGGUUAAAUAUUUUGGUUAAGAUUCUAGAUCAUCUAAGUGGGAUACGAAGAUUCAAAUUCAAAACACAAGAAUGCAAAUUUUUAAAAAUUUUUUUAAACGUUUAUUUUUGAGAGACAGAGUGAGAGCGGAAGAGGGGCAGAGAGAGAGAGGGAGACAGAAUCUGAAUCAGGCUUCAGGCUCAGAGCUGUCAGCACGGAGCCCAAUGCAGGGCUUGAACUCAGGAACUGUGAGAUCAUGACCUGAGCCAAAGUCAGAAGCUUAACUGGCUGACCCAUCCAGGUGCCCCAAACACAAAUUCUUAAGUUAGUUUUCUCAUGGCUUUGAGAAGGUAUUGCUUUCGAUACUGAAAAACUCUUACAAGAUACGUUUUCGCACUCUAAAGGUAUGCUUAUCAAAGUUUAAAGGGUUUAAAACUUGCCCCAUGUCACUUAGUAAGUGACAAGGCUGACAUUGAAAGUCCGACUUGGCUACUUCCAAAGCUUGUGUUUUUCCAGAUGUCUUCCAAGAGAGCAUCCUGUUUAUUAUCUCAUGGAUGCCGCUAAUGGUAAGUGAUGGUGUUCAGAAGUGACUCAAUAACUAGCAAUAAUCAUAAAGGCACAUUAUCAAAACUUCACAGUGUAACCUAUGUGCUUUGCAAAUAUUGUUAAAAUGAGAUUCUGACCAAUAAAAUGUCAGGAAAGCUAGUAUAAAUUGGGCAAGUGUGAAGGUAAGUUCAAAACUUGAUUUGGCAAUAUUCACCACGUCAGAUUCUUAUUCAGCAAGACGAAGGGCUCCAUUUUGACUUUUGUUUCUAUUUUCUGUCCUUCUUGCCAUCUCAGAAGUGAGGCUUGAGGAGUCUAUAGAAGCUCUGUGGACUAGAGUACAUAAAAGCAGUCAUCUAUACCUGUGCUGGCCCCAGGUAGAGAAGGCACCCGGAAGGAAUCCCUCAAAGUCAAGCAUGUAACGAAUACCUUGGAGGCUGCUGGUCAUGGAGCAGUGGUAGCCAGUACAACAGAAGGUGAACUUGGACUUGGCUCCUCAUUGGCUGCAGGACACAGGUUGUUGUCACUCCUUCUCUCCGCUCUGAUGUUUCCUCUCCUGCAGAUCCAGGAAGGUGGAGAUGACUAAGUUCUCCCCAGAAUGUCUAAUCUUUCCGAAGCCAGACCAACAUUUAAAGAAAAUGAUGUGCAGGACUCAAUUUCCUUUAAAAACACCCAGUGCACGUCCCCAAGUGCAGAACUUGGCUACAACCUUCCUUCUUUGUCGAGACUCUCUUCCGUACAGCUGAGAGAAGAAACUACUUCUAACUUCCAGAUGAGCACGAAUGAAGUUUUGGAGGAAAGCCUGGUGCAACACUUUCCGCAGGUGGAUUCCUCAGGAGAGAAGAGACUUCAGGAUGAACAGCUGCUAAGGGCUUUGGGGCUCAAAGAAGCUUUGGGGCUCUUGUCAGGACAAGACUUACAGACAUUGUGCUGCACUGAUGGCUUUUCCGUGACUGAUUUGCACGCUCUUUGUUAAGACAAGAGUAGAUGCGCGAUGAAGGUAGAGCUUUGAGCAUGCGCUUAAUCACGGUGUUUUACUGCUCAGUACAACACUUGCAUUGUGUUAUGAAAAUAAUAGCUUUGGGCUAAGCAAUCUUUCUUUCCUAAAAGUUGUGGAUCAAUAGUUAAAACCACAAUGAAGUGUAUUUUCUCUCUUUGCCAAAGUGAAUGCACUGUUCUUUUCAAAUUUUAACUAAUCUUUUGAAAUUUUAAAUGCCGUGCAAAAUUGCAGUUAAAAUGCCAUAAACCAAGCUCACUGUGAUUUUCUUCUUGUAAAAAAUUUUAAAAUAACUUUAAAACAGUAAGCAGAUUAUGCUGAUGGUAGGAAAAUGUUAAAAAAUAGGCAUAAAAAGAAAAUAAAAAUCAACUCUUACCUCAUCAUCCAGAAAUAACUAUCCACUCUUAACUUUUGGGUUGCUGUAUAUUAUUAACUGAGAAUUUAAACAUUGUUUCGUGGUCAAGUAUAAGAAUCUAAACAAAGUACUUUUUCUCAAAACAUCUUUAAGUGCUCAAUAAAUGUUUCCUAAUAUGCAGCCCUUCUACUUGAGGAUAGCUGGAGACAUAUGUGUAUCAGUUAGAUCUCCCUAAAACCCAGAGAAUAUUUGAGUAAUGAGCUCCUUCCUAUAGUCUGGGCUGCUUUGGUUUUGCCUUCCUACUGCUGAGAUAAAAGGACAUUGUGUUGGGGCACCUGGGUGGCUCAGUCGGUUGAACCUGCGACUUCCGCUCAGGUCAUCAGGUCAUGAUCUGACAGUCGGUGAGUUGGAGCCUUGCAUCAAGCUCGCUGCUGUCAGCUCAGAGCCUUGAACCUGCUUAGGAUUCUGUGUGUCUCUUUCUCUCUCUCUGCCCCCCUCCUUGUGUUCUCUCUCUCUCAAAAGAUAAAUAAAAAUAAACAUUUUUUUAAAAAAGGACAUUGUAUUCUCCUUCUAGAAAUUAAGAAACUGAGACCUGUAUAGCCAAAUCUCGUGACACAAUUGGAUGUUUUUACAGACAGACAAAGUAAGGAAAUCACGAAACUAUGUUUUCAUUUCUAAGUCUGACAUUCAACUCCCCAGUGGUUUGUAACAAUACACUCUCUGUUCAUCUGUGGUGCUGGUCUUAUUACUACUACAGUCUGUAUUUGAAAUCUAUCUACUACAUUCUGGGCACUUAAACUGUCAAAGCCUUGUGCAUGGCAUUUAAACAUUUUAACACAUUUGUUGCAGGAAACCUAUGAGUGUGGACAGUACAUUUCAUCACCAUUUUGCAGAUAAAGAAACUAAAGCUCAGUGGAAUCAGGUAAACAUGUCCUAAGUCACAGGCAGCUAAGGAGGGUGGUGUUACUGGAUUCAAACUUAGGCUGCUUAGCACGAAGGCAGUCACAUCAAACUGUACUGGUGGUCAAUGUAUUCUUCACCACCAGGAACUCCCCGGGUGUUUUUGUUCGUUUGGUUUUUGGGUUUGCGAUGUGUGUGUGUGUGUGUGUGUGUGUGCGUGUCACUGGAAGAAUGUCCAUUGAUGAAGUGGUGAAAAUCAUAUUAAGUCUCAGUCUUUGAAUACAUGCCUUUUCAAUACGGGUGGGUGUGAAAUGGGGAGACUGCAUGAAGUGCUUUUGCAGCAUACUGGAGUGUGAUGGUGAUCUCAUGGUAAAGCACUUACCUGAUUGAAUUGUGAACUUAAACUAGCUGCUUUUCCCGUGAAGCAUCUUUUUUCUUUUUUUUAAGAAAGACUGAAAAACUGUAGUUAUUCAGAUAUGGUAUUUGAAAUUAAACAAAAAAAUGUGAAAAUGAACAAAAUGAGCCUCACUUCAAGAAAAACAAUUGACAAUAUUUAUUGCUGAUGAUAAAAUUCAAGCUUCCAAGCAAUUUUAAAAAACUUUUAUCCUCUACCAUGGGCACCAGUGGUGAUAUUAAUGAAUUUUACUUUUUGAUAUCGUGUAGUGAAAUGCGUUAACAUUUGGGAGAUCUGCAUAACUCAGUGAACCAAUAUUUUCCAAAUGAUGGAUGCAUGAUAUUACAAAAUCAUGAGUGGGGAAAAGACCCAUUUAAUGUGUAAAAUAAAGAUUUUAAUCUAACGGUACAAAAAUUCAUUGAUGUGAUUUCAGAUUCUACAUUGCAACUAACCUUUAGUAAACAGCUACUUGUCAAGUUUUGGUAUAAUAUUAAAAAAGAAUAUCAAAAUGAUCUAAAAAGAUAAUUUCAUUAAAUAAAAUUGAAAUCAUCUUAAAUUAAUGAAACAAAAUAGUCUUUUAAAAUAACCUUCCCUUUUUCAACUAAAUAUCUGGAUUUUCUGUGAGGCUGGACUUUUCUUUUCGUAUAUUCAAUCAACAUAACACACAGUAACAGACUGAAUGCAGAAGCUGAUAAGAGAAUUGUGCUGUAUUUUAUAAAGGCAGUCCUUAGAGACUUGUAAAAAUAUAAAACAGGGUCACUCUUCAACAUAUGUAUUUUGUUUUGUGAAAAUAGAUAUUUUUCAUAAAAUGUUACUGUGUUAAUAUGUGGUAGGUUUAUUAUUUUUAAAUGAGUUAAUAAAUAUUUUUAAGUUUCUGUUUUAAAUUCCAGUAUGAUAAAUCUGGAUAAAUUCAACCCACAUAAACAAAAGCCUUUGAAGUUCUUAAUAAUUUUUAAGAGUAUAAAGAGUUCUGAGACCAAAAAGUUUGAGAGUUCCUAUUCUAGAACAUGUAUGUUUUUAGAUUUCAUCAAUAGAUAUUCAAGUUGUUUGCAGUAGUUGCCAUUAUAAAUAAAGAUGAAGUAAACAGCCUUGUUCAUGUACCCUUACAUACUGACACUUUUACUUUAACGGGAUAGCUUAUCAAGUUGCUAAGAAAAAAGGCAUGUUUAUUUUUUCAGGAUAUUUGUAGUAGUUACUAUUUAUUUGAUAUAUACUUAUAGUUAUUUAAAAUGUAUCUAUAUAAUUUAAGUACAUGGAGAAACAAAAAAGAAAAAUGAGACCUACUCUCUUCACUUAAAUAAAUCCCAUAGUCAGGAUGGGUGAAAAAUAUAUGUAUCAAGUUAGGAAAUGCAAAUAAUCCAGAGAAGUGUGAAAUAAAACAAAACUUCAUUGCCUUCCAUUUGGUUCUAAAGUAAUAGUAUAACCCUUAUGAAGAGUUUCUUAUAAUUUCUGCCAGAAAAGAAAUGUUUAUAUUGACUUUAUAUAGUAUAGCUACAAAUACAGUUAGAUAGCUUGCUCUAUAUCUGUGUCUAUCUCUCAUCUAUCUACCUACCUAUCUGCCUAUCAAUCUAUCUAUAGCAGAGAUUUUUAGCUGUCCUCCAAAAUUUCUCCUCUUCCUUUUGGUCACACAGCUAGACUACAUCUUGGUCUCCUUUGCAGGUAUAUGUGGUCACGUGACUAAUUUUGGCCAAUUAAAUGUGAGUAGUAGUGAUAUGUGCCACUCCAAGACUAGCCCUUAAAAUCAUUCAUACUAUUCCUCAACUUAGCAAGUAAUAGCCUUUGAGUUAUUUUAUGUAUUUACAUUUAAAAAAUUUUUCGUUUUAUUUUUCAUUUUUUUUGAGAAAGUGUGCAAGCAGGGGAAAGGGAGAGAGAGAAUCCACCCAGCAUGGAGCCUCACAUGGAGCCCCACCUGAGCUGAAAUCAAGAGUCAGGCGCUUAACCAAAUGAACCACCCAGGCACCCAGUUGUUUGAUGUUUGAUUCUUUUUUUUUUUUUUACAGGAAUUAACCUA